AUGCAAGCACCACCAGUAACAUUCUCGACGGAAACUUCUGCUCGAUCUUCUAAUAGUAACAACGAAAUACUCAGGCAACCUGAGACCAAGGCUAUCACUGCAGAACAACUCGUGACAGAAGUGAAGGGGAUCUAUGCAGGCUUGGUCAUGGUUGAAAGCAAAUGCAUCGAGGUUGAUAAUGCACAAAACGCCGCACAUAAUGACCUGUCGAACAAACUUAGCGAUGAGCAAUGGCAAGCUCUCAUCGCACUUCACCGCACUUACCUGAACGAGCAUCAUGACUUCUUCUUGGCUUCCCAGCACCCAGCUGCAACUCCAGCACUGCGCAGACUACCCGCAAAAUAUGCCAUGCCAGCUCGUAUGUGGCGGCAUGGCAUUCACAGCUUUCUGGAGGUCCUAAGACAUCGCCUUCCUGCCAGCUAUGAACACAUGAUUUCGUUCAUUUAUCUCGCAUAUUCCAUGAUUGCUCUUCUCUUUGAGACUGUUCCCGCAUUCGAGGAAACUUGGAUGGAGUGUCUUGGUGACUUGGCACGGUAUCGCAUGGCAAUUGAGGAUGAUGACAUCAGAGACCGAGAGAUUUGGGCUGGUGUCUCGCGUCAAUGGUAUUCCAAAGCAUCUGACAAGUCCCCAACAACUGGGCGUCUAUAUCAUCAUCUCGCCAUUCUCGCUCGCCCCAAUGCAGUUCAACAGCUGUUCUACUAUUCGAAAUCGUUGUGUGUUGAGAUCCCUUUUGUGGCUGCUCGGGAGAGCAUCAUGACUUUGUUUGACCCGAUCAUGUCCCCCACGCCAAACCCCCAACAAAUGAAGCUUGCACGCCCUGAGCUCCUCUUUGUCAGGACGCAUGGCAUUCUUUUCUGCAUGCUUGCGGGUAAGCAGCCUCGCGAAGAUCCAGAGGCGCCGAUGAGCGAGAUGCUCCAAUGGCUUGAUUCGCAUAUUGCACGGUCAACACUUAGCUGGCGCUCGACUGGGUAA